UACCACCCAUCAGCCAACGUCGUCGUUUUACGAGGUCCAAUUCCACCGCCUUCUAAUUUCUAAAUAUCCCAAGCGAACGACGCUUUCUUUUGAACUUGAAAAUGAGAAUCGCGCUCGUCUCCAGAAUUAUCAGUGGCCCUCUCGAUUUCCGACCAAAAAUCCGGCCACUCUUCUUCUACUCCUCACGGCCACAACGCCACGAAAACCAAAAACGGCGACAAGAAGAAGAACCUCCCAAUUCCAAUUCCUCAAUUGGGUCUCCAUGUAGAGUCCAAAAACUGAUCGCCUCCCAAACAGACCCUCUCCUCGCCAAAGAAAUCUUCGACUACGCCUCCAACCAACCCAACUUCCGCCACUCUUACUCUUCCUACCUCAUUCUUAUCAUCAAACUUGGCCGCUCCAAAUACUUCUCUCUCAUUGACCACCUUCUCCUUCGCCUCAAAUCCCAGGCCUACCCUGUCACUCCCACCCUCUUCACCCACCUCAUCAAACUCUACGCCGAGGCUAAUUUGCCCGAUAGGGCUCUCAAAACCUUCUACACAAUGAUGGAGUUCAAUUGUAAGCCUUCCGUCAAACACUUGAACCGCAUUCUUGAGUUUCUGGUCUCCCACCGGAGCUAUGUCCGCCCCGCUUUCGAUCUUUUCAGGAAUGCGCAUCGCUACGGGGUCGAGCCCAAUACGAAAUCGUACAACAUUUUGAUGCGUGCGUUUUGUUUCUGUGGGGAUAUCAGUAUUGCUUACCAACUGUUCAACGAAAUGUUUAAGAGGGACGUUGUUCCGGACGUGGAGUCGUAUCGCAUUCUAAUGCAGGGUUUGUGCAGGAAGAGUCAGGUGAACAGGGCGGUGGACUUGUUGGAGGACAUGUUGAACAAAGGGUUUGUACCCGACACGUUGAGUUAUACCACUUUGUUGAAUAGUUUGUGCAGGAAGAAGAAGCUUAGGGAGGCGUACAAGCUUCUCUGUAGAAUGAAAGUUAAGGGGUGCAAUCCCGAUAUUGUUCACUAUAACACGGUUAUCUUAGGAUUUUGUAGAGAAGGGCGUGCAAUGGAUGCUUGUAAGGUUCUUGAGGAUAUGGCAUCAAAUGGGUGCUUGCCCAACUUGGUCUCGUAUCGAACUUUGGUUCAUGGCUUAUGUGAUCAGGGGAUGUUGGACGAGGCCAAGAAUUAUAUGGAGGAAAUGAUAUCAAAAGGGUUUUCUCCGCAUUUCUCUGUUAUUCAUGCUUUAGUCAAGGGUCUUUGUAAUGUUGGUAGGGUUGAAGAAGCUUGUGGAGUUCUAGGGGAAGCGCUAAAGCAUGGGGAAAGUCCUCAUGUAGAUACUUGGAUGACAAUAGUUCCUAGGAUUUGUGAAAUGGAUGAGACAGAAGGAAUGGGAGAACUUUUGGAAGAGCUUCUGAAGAUAGAAAUAAAGCCUCACACUAGAAUAGUGGAAGCAGGUGUUGCUUUGGAGGACUAUUUGAUCAGCAAGAUACGACCUGGACGAAGGAGAUCUUAAUUGUGUUUUGGUUUACGGCUAACUGGUUUGUUUGAUCCCUGAUAACAUGCAGAUGCAUAGAAUUGUCCUUCCCGAGACCGCGACAGAUUGUUCAUGCCCAUCUUCUGCCAGCAGCAUAAUGAAGCGAUUCUAUUAGAACAGGAGAAUAACUUCUAUAAGGACCUGGCAUUGUGCCCUCCAAUAGAGAAUGGACACAUCAGUAUAUUACACGCUUCUUCUGGGGUCUUGGAGAGGCAUUUAUUUAAGCGUUGGUCAGCGUAUCUUCUCCUUUGUUGCAGAGGGUCAAGCGAUUGCCCAUAGAAAUUUAAAUGUGCAAAUCAUUGAAGAAACUUGUGAUUAUUUGCAGUGUACGUGUGUAAUCACUGAGGGACUCAAAUGGCACAACAGUUCCUGCUGCAAUGCAUUCCAGCUUGUAUCUUCCAUGCUUUAAUGGCAGUCUCUCCAAAUGAAUUUUGGAAGAUAUGAUCAGAAUGGAUGAAUUGGUGAGAUUUCUAUCACUCAAUAUGCAGUCAAUUAAACACAGUAAAAAUGAUCAACAACUGCCUAAACUAUAGGCACUAAGAAACGGGCGUUAAGAGAUUUGUUUAGUUUCACCUAAUCAUUAUGAAAAUAAAACAAAGGAAGCUCUAAUUAACACACUUUUCUUUGGAAAUAUGUUUACGAGGACAUCAUCAGGAAUAGAAGUGUCUGUCCGUUUCUAUUGUAUUGAAAUCACUCCUAUUGAAUGAUGACA